AUGUCUCGACACUCUGAGAAAUGCUCUACCGCUGCCGCCUAUGCCGAGCGCGUCUUCCAGCAGCUUGAAGACAACCGCCCAUCCGAUGCUCCGGACGGCUUUUCCGACCCUGCGCCCGAGGAGCCGACUUCUGGCCAGUCGAAGACUACAAGCGACCAAUCCCGACCAGUUCGCAGCAACACCGUUGGGUCUCCUGACAUGUACGCUCAGUCCAAAGAUGGUAAGUCCAACGCCCAACGUGCCGGCUCGGUAGGUCACUCCCACGUCCAACAACUCAUAGCCAGCUACGAAGCCCGCUACCGCCGAACUGAAGAGUUGGCGCUGGCUGCGGAACGUCGUGGACGGGAAGUUACAGCCGCGGGAGGUACUCCCUCACAGGCUAGCACCCCUGCCGUUCAACAGGAAAGCCCCUGUUUCUGCCCUGCUUGCAUUGCUGAUGAUGAAAAGGAAUGGGCCGAGGCCAUUGAACUCGAGGCUGACUCGUGA